CGAUCGGUCCACUUAGUUAUUCAUCAACGAACACCAUGACUGGAAGACUUUGGCUGGGGCUUCUGAUCAUCUGUGUUGCAGCGGGCGAGGCUGAAUCAAGAAAGGCUGAUUGUUUCCUUGAUAAUUUUUGGGAAUGUACAUACACAAUACGCCCCGUAUGUGGCAGCGAUGGAAUCACUUAUCCCAAUGAGUGUCUCCUCUGCAAGGAAAUGGGUGAAACCAAGAAGAGCAUCUCGGUCGCCAAAGACGAACCCUGCUCACUUGAAUGAUUGAUCAAAUCAACACCAUGAGGCAACCCAGAAAAAUCCAUCGUUGUCUCAUUGUAAUAAAAUCUAAAUGUGA